GAACGGAACGGGACGGAGCGGAACGGGACGGGUCGGGAUGGAGGAGCCGGAGAUGCAGCUGAAGGUGAAGAAAGUCACAGACAAGUUCACGGAGAGCAUGUACGUGUUGGCCAACGAGCCCUCGGUGGCACUGUACCGGCUGCAGGAGCAUGUGCGCAGGUCCCUCCCUGAGCUCGCCCAGCACAAGUCUGACAUGCAGAGCUGGGAGGAGCAGAGCCAAGGAGCCAUCUACACGGUGGAGUAUGCCUGCAGUGCCAUAAAGAACAUGACUGACAGCACCGUGUACUUCAAGAGCAUUGACAGCCUGCUCAAACACGCCAUAGCCAUGAAGGAGCAGCUGAACGCUGCCCAGGGCCGCAGCGUUGUUGCCCCACAAGUCAAGAAUCCUCCAGCCAGUUCCUGAUUCAAGACUGGCCGUCCUCUGCUGCCUUCUCCAGCCCAGCUCCAUGGUCUCCAACGACAGGGAGGAGGGAGAAACCACCAACUCAAGCUGUGACGCUGCACCAAGGCUUCUGCCUGCCUCUGUUCCCAGUAACAGGUGCACCUGAGCAGGCAAACCCUGCUGCUUUGGGGAGUGCUUUGGGAGGCAGUUCUGCCCCUUUGCUCCGCAAGAGGGAAAUGGGGUGGUUCUGUGCUUGUCCUUUCCAGUUCUCUUCAAUGGCAGGCUGCUAUGAGGCAUUUUUCUCUCUACCUCUGGGCCACAGAAAUAUCUCUGCAAAACUAGGUCUUGCUUUCAGUGUUUUGUGGGUGGCUGUGGAGCGAUGUAAUGCAGGCACGCUUUGGCUUUGUUCAGGAGGCAUUCUGCGAGGAGAGGGUUUCAUGUGUGUGCCAGGGAGCUGCUGAAUCGGGUUUCAGGGAGAACAAUAAUAAAAAGAAAACACAAGAAAGUUCUGUCUAAAACCUCCCCCUGUUGCUUGCCUCAGGCUGAGGGCUCUUGGAGCCUGCGUGUUUCAGAGGGCACGGAGCAAAACAAAGACAUGCAGAGCUGGAGCCUCUCAAAGGAAAAAGGAACUGUCCUGUUCUUCAUAAAGCCAACAAGAAAAGGGCUGUCUCCAUCCCCCGUCCUGCAGUGGGAAGCAGAGCCAGUGCACAGCUUUGGAGGGCACUUUACAAUGGAUGCAGCUUCAGCGUUCAUCUCUCCUGGAAUCAGCUCAGUUCUGCUGAAGAGUUUCCCAAGGAUGCAGGGAUCAAAGCAGGGCUAAACUCAGUUCCCAAAGGAAUUGUAUCGUGUUCAGGGUAAUGGGUGUCUCUCAGGAUAAUAGCAAGGGAGGGAAGAGAGAAUCUCUGAAUUGGUGGCCUCUUUUUCCUCCCUGAAAUGCUUUACUGGCUGCUGAAUAAGGAGCUGGGGAAGAACCACGUGUGCUGCUGCUGUGGGCCAGGGCAGAGCUGGUGUGAAGCUGUGAGUAACCAGUGAGAUGUUGGUCAGAGGGGCAGAGUGAGCUGAACCUACUUGUGUUUCAUGGCAACAGCACUGCCUUUAGUACCUGUGCUCUGCCCUGCACACAGCAGAGGAGCAGCAGCACCAAUGCAAACCCCUUCAAGAGCCUCAGCUGUGAGAGCCUGCACUGCUGUGGUAGCAGCCAGGUAAUUCUCAGGUCUCUCCACUGCUGAGCAAAGCCAGGGCUGCUCUAGCAUAACCCUUUCCUUGUGGAGAGCUGUUGGUGGCCCUGCUCAGCAAGCUGUGCUCUGCUUGGAGAACAGACAUGCUGGUGACCAAGCAGCAGGCUCUCUGCCACCCCAAACACACCCUCUGGGGCCUGCAAACUCCAUCUCACUUGCUCCUCAGUCAUCUUCCUUGUUUUCUUACCCCCUGCCUGGCUGCACCCCGAUGGGUGGUUAUAUGAUCUGC